AUGGCUCCACAAACAUCAGCUAAAACAUCAUCUUCCGAAUUAAAAAAUCGGAAACAAGAUUUGGAACAAAUUAAAGAUGAUGAAAUUGAAAUUACCAGUGAUGAAGAGGCUGAACUCUUAAAAGAGGAAGAAGAAGAAGAAAAAAAGAAAAUGUUACAGGCUGGAUACAAGCCUCCACAGUGGACAGAAUCUUUUUGGAUUAAAUGUUUAGGUCUUGCAUUUCCAAUUUUGCUAUCUUUAGGAGAUGUUGUUUUAUUUGUUUUUGAGUAUUUAUUUACUAACACUAUUGUUCAAACCUUACUUGCUUCCGUUUCAUUCCAUAAAUAUAGAUCAUUUUCAUCUAUUCACAAGUGUGAUAGUUGUAAAAUUAAUUUGGAUUUGAAUUCAACUGUCACAACCAAUACGGAAGCAUUUUCAGCUUUUAAUGAAGUCAUGAAUAUGGAUUGGAAGUCUUGUUUAACAUGUGUAUUUUCAGAGGAUGCAUCUUUAAUUAUGCUCAACUUUUUAUAUGUUGCUGUUUGGUCAUUCUGUAUUUGUUAUUAUUUCACAUGGAGAUAUGGUGUUAAACUUGGUAAAAUUAGAAAGCCAAGUGCUAAAGCAAUUUUAGUAAUUUUGACAAUAAUUAUCGGAAUGGUUUUGUUGGUUUGGUAUCAAUAUCAAAAUAAUGAAUGGAUUUACUCCAUGUCUAAUUUUACUGCCAUUAAGAGAGAUACUAAAAAUCCAUUUGGAUUCUUUGGCAAUGAAACUGAAAUUGAAGCACCAAUCGAAGAUGAUAUUACUUCCUUUGUUAGUGAAACAGAAACCAUCAAUACUACAAUCCCAAAUCUUUUAGAACAAGAAGGUACUCAAGUAGACUAUCUCAAGAUGAUUCAAUUAAUGAUUGGUUCUCCAAUUGUGGAAGAAAUUAUUCUCAGAGUUGUACUUGUCCAUAUGUUCUUUAGAAGAACUGGUAGACCAGUUGUAAGCUUUGUAAUGACUAAUACUUUGUUUGCAGUCCUCCACAUGUUUUCAGUCAACUGGGGAGCAUCCUACGUGUACACUUAUUAUCAAGUUCUUGCUGGUUUUGUUUUGGGAAUGUUCUACAGUACUAGAUAUUAUUUGACAGAAAACUUGGCAGAAAAUGCAUUAUUGCACAUUGCUAACAAUGUCUCUGCAAUCUUCUUGCCAGUUACCUUAACAUUUGACGACAUCUAUCCAAAAUAUGUUAUUCCAGUUGUUUUGUCAUUUGCUUUCUACAUUGUCAUGUUGAUUUUGGAUCUCAAUAAGGUAAUGAAUAUGCCAACAAAGCAAAUCGUACCAGUGAUUGUUGAGGAAAACAAAUCAACUUCCACUCCUCCAACAACCUCAACAAAUAAUGAGGACAAAAAGAAGAAAUAA